UUGAGACCGUCCGGGGAGGUUUGGGAGUCAGUGAUAAAUACGGGUAAUCUCCGGCAUUGCUUCUCAUAAUUCAGCAUCGGUAGUUUGUGACAAUGAACAAAAAGGCCGCUUGGAUUGUGAUUGUCUCUGCAAUAGCAGUGUUAACGAGUGGUGUGGAGGGCACGACGAGGACAUGUUACUUCGGUCCCCCACCGAAACCCGAUCCUGAAAACCCGGAUCACUGGAUGAAACAAGUCAUGCGGGAGAUACGGGAGCGUUGCCCGGGAAAGGGGGCAUGUAGCCAAGCUGAGAGAGUCGAGUGUGCGAACCCAAGGCCGCUAGGGAUGGAGGACGGGUCCAUCCCCGACGCAAACAUCUCGGCGUCCAGUAUGUAUGGGGGCUGGCCUCCCCAGGCCGCACGCCUCAAUGGCGAUAGCGCAUGGUCAACCGCCACAAUGAACGGUAGUAAUCAGUGGAUUGAGGUGGAUCUCGGUGAAAGGACAGUGGUGUCUGGAGUCAUUACCCAAGGAGAUCCGGGUGGCGAUUGGUGGAUGACGAAGUACAAGGUGUCCUAUCAAAAACAGCCUUCAUCUGAGCGUACACAUGUCAAAGAUAGAAACGGGAACAUCGUGGUGUUCACCGGUAACACUGACCGAAACACCCCUGUGACCAACCUGUUUAGUGAAGGUGUGGUGGCCACAACAGUACGCAUUGAACCGACUGAAUGGCAUAACUGGACGGAUCUGCGAUUUGAGUUGCUCGGAUGCCGCCAUGGUUAGGCAUGCAGCUGUUGUUGACCAUUUGGAGUAUUUUUAAGAAUUGUCUAAUACACGUUUGAUGUUGCCGCUGAAAUACAUUUACUCCUACAAAUGUAAAUUAGGAUGAAUAACAUUGUUGGAAGACACGUGAGCUGAUAUAUGACAAGGAUACAAAUGCUUGGGAAAUUUUACAUGUAAAUAAAUAUAUAUAAUAAUGUCCAAAUUAAAUUUUACAUUAAAACAAUUUCGAGGUUUACUUACAUACAAAUAUACAUCAUCUUAAAAUUACUCCAAAUAUACUACAGUUUGGAUUUCAAUGUUUGCACAAGCAGCGAAAACUCUUAAUGAUGGCUGUAUUACAUAUAUAGCUCGUGGAUAUAAUCGUCACGGUUUCCAUCCACGAAGAGCCACACAUGUCAAAAGUCGUUUUGUUUUCAAUUUCAGUUACAUUCGUGUUGUAAAGGGCCAAAAUCUCGAUAAGUGGAAUUUGGCUUUCACGAAAGGACACAAAUCUUACUGCCCCUCGUACACAUGCAACGUAAUGACAUCAAAAGUAGAAAAGUCGAUUAGUGGAUUUUCGUUUUUACGAAGAGCCACACAUCUUUGUUACAAUAUAAUGGUGUUCUAUAGUCGCCAUGACGCGACGCUACGACGGCUCCGUCGCGUCGUCCCGUCGUGUCAUGGCGUCGCCUCCUUUCUCUUUACUUUAAUGUUGUGUUGAAUGCAUGGUGUCGUGCCGUCUUGGCGUCGUGUCGUGCCGGCUCGUCUUGCCGGCGUAUCGUGCCGUGGCGUCCAGUCGACAAAGCGUCGCGUCGUGCUGUCGUGCGUCGCGUCGCCUGUCAUCGUAUGGUUGAAUGUCAUCGUAUGGUAACAAGGGCAGAUGUAAACUUGCGCAUAGCUUUGUGUUAAACAAGCGCGGUGCAAGGCUCCGCCUUGCGCGUAGGGCAAUUGGUUAGCAGGAGUCACUGCUUGGUCACAUAUGCAGCGUGCGCACGCGUGCGUAGUCGCGGCGGCGGCCGGCUUGCGAGGCUAAAUAAGGCGCGACGGCAGUGUGUUACAGCAGAACCUUUAAUUUGGUUCGAUCCUGCUGUAAAAUCCCUCCACUGGUGUGGGCAGAGCAAGCAACUGAGCGAGUAAGACCCUCGUACGUUGGGUCGAUAGUGCGUGUGUCGUUGAGGGGCUUGGUAGGUUGAGGGUGUAACCUCUUAAAUUA